CAACUAAUCUUUCAAAAGAGACGAAAAGGCCGGAACGUGGUUUUCAUAAUAACUGGUCUAAAAAUUUUUUUUACUUUUUAAAAUUAAAUUUAUCUUGUUCUAGAUAUGUCUGCUUCAGCUGUUAGAAGUAGUUUGUGUUUAUCGCGAUUUUUAUCUAAUAAUCGCUCUGUCUUUAUUAAUCCUAUUCAUAAAUCAUUAUAUAGUUUAGGACAGAGAGGUACUCCAUCAGUCACAAGAUCGUUUUAUGUUUUGAGUCGGAACAAAAAUUUAAAAUCAUUUGAAAAAAUUCGUUUAACCAAUGCAUAUAUUUGCAGCUGUGGAGUGCAUUCGAAAGGAGAUGAGGAACUGGUUGCAUUUUUAAAAGAUGAAAUUGAAAAUGAGAAGAAAGCAGAGAAAACAUUUGAUGCAUCAAAAUUAAAUGGCUUUCAAGUUGAAUUAAAUGAGGCUGAAGUUACAUUAACAAAGAAACUCAACAAUGAAAUUAUUAAAAUUACUUCAAAUGUGAACAAUUCUGUUGAUGCUGAAGAUACAGUUCUUGAUCCCAAUGAUGCCAAAGAACCCCAAGAGGCUGAGAUGUUGGCAAAGCCAGAAUUUACAAUUGAAAUUUCAAAAGGCAACAAAAUUUUAUCUUUCCAUUGUACUUUUAGCCAAACUAUGCAGGAUGAUGAACCUGGUUCUGAACCAUAUAAUGAUGUUUUCCAAAUAUCUGAAAUUUCAAUUCAUGAAGGUGAAUUUGAGGAUCAUACAUAUACAGUAUCUGGAGACAUAAUGGAUGGUUAUUUGUAUGACCUUCUGAUGAACUAUUUGGAGGAAAGGGGUAUCACCAAUGAUUUUGCAGAUAAAAUGAUGGCAUUUUUCACAUCAUACGAGCAUAAACUUUACAUUAGCCUUCUUCAGAAGAUGAAGUCAUUUGUUGAAAAGUAGAAAAUGAGAUUUCUAGUAUAUUAGUAUAUCAUUUUGUAAUCAUAAACACAUCAGAAUUGCUGCUUAGUUUAUUGUUCCAUGUAAAAAUAUUUGUUACAUUAAUAAAAAUGUAUGCUACGUAAA